GUUGCAUCCUAGCUGUAGGCUGUAGAUGAUUUCGCUGUCACAGUAGCUCCUCCGCCUUCCUCUUCCUCUCAUAAUCUCUCGGUAUCUUCUUUUUUACUUUGUUUCUGAGAAGUCGAAGCUAGGAAGCCUCUUAUGCUUGAGGUGAGGAUUUCCACAUUAUCAUGUGAAACCCUUACCUGGUGGUGGUAGCUAGGGAGGUUCCUGAAGAUCAGUGACGGGAUCAACCUCUUGCUGGUGGGAAUGGGCAAUUGUUGCAAAUCUCCCGCUGCCGUUGCUAGGGAAGACGUGAAAUCGAACUUCUCCGGCCACGAUCACGGUAAGCGGGACUCCAACGCCGGCAAGAAGGCUCCGAUCACUGUCUUGACCGGGGUGCCGAAGGAGAAUAUAGAGAAUAAGUAUUUGUUGGAUCGAGAGCUUGGUCGUGGGGAGUUCGGGAUAACUUAUCUGUGUAUUGAUCGGGGAACUAGGGAGCUGCUGGCUUGCAAGAGCAUUUCGAAGCGGAAGCUUAGGACGGCAGUGGAUGUUGAUGAUGUGAGGCGUGAAGUGGCCAUAAUGAAGCACUUGCCUAAGAGUUCCAGCAUUGUGAGCUUGAAGGAGGCUUUUGAAGACGACAAUGCUGUGCAUUUGGUCAUGGAGUUGUGCGAGGGUGGUGAGCUGUUUGAUCGGAUAGUGGCACGUGGCCAUUAUACUGAGCGAGCUGCCGCCGCGGUUACGAGGACGAUUGUCGAAGUCGUGCAACUUUGUCACAAGCAUGGGGUUAUUCAUAGGGACUUGAAACCGGAGAACUUCUUAUUUGCUAAUAAGAAAGAGAAUUCGCCUUUGAAGGCCAUUGAUUUUGGGCUGUCUAUCUUCUUUAAACCAGGUGAGAGGUUCUCAGAAAUUGUUGGAAGUCCAUAUUAUAUGGCUCCAGAGGUGCUCAAGCGGAACUAUGGGCCAGAAAUAGAUAUAUGGAGCGCAGGAGUAAUUCUUUAUAUCUUAUUGUGUGGUGUUCCCCCAUUUUGGGCUGAAUCUGAACAAGGUGUGGCGCAGGCCAUUCUUCGUGGGCUAAUAGAUUUUAAACGGGAGCCUUGGCCCAGUGUUUCUGAGAGUGCUAAAAGUCUUGUUAGGCAAAUGUUAGAACCGGACCCUAAGCUUCGACUAACUGCUAGGCAGGUGCUUGAGCAUCCUUGGCUCCAAAAUGCUAAGAAGGCUCCUAAUGUUCCUCUGGGAGAUGUUGUGAAGUCAAGGUUGAAGCAGUUUUCAAUAAUGAACAGAUUCAAACGAAAAGCGCUAAGGGUCAUUGCUGAUUUCUUAUCCACUGAAGAAGUUGAAGACAUCAAGGAAAUGUUCAAAAAGAUGGACAGUGAUAAUGAUGGCAUUGUUUCCAUUGAAGAACUAAAGGCUGGAUUUUGCAACGUUGGAUCCCAACUUGCUGAGCCUGAAGUUCAGAUGCUUAUUGAAGCUGUAGAUACUAAUGGGAAGGGAAGGCUGGACUGCGGAGAAUUUGUUGCUGUUUCCCUCCAUUUGAAACGGAUGGCUAAUGAUGAGCAUCUUCGCAAGGCCUUCUCCUAUUUUGACAAGAAUGGGAAUGGCUAUAUCGAACCAGAUGAGCUCAGGGAUGCUUUGAUGGAAGAUGGCGAAAAUGAUUGUACAGAUGUAGCAAAUGAUAUUUUCCAGGAAGUAGACAUAGACAAGGAUGGACGUAUCAGUUAUGAUGAAUUUCUGGCCAUGAUGAAAACUGGAACAGAUUGGAGAAAAGCAUCUCGGCAUUACUCACGAGGGAGAUUCAACAGCCUGAGCUUGAAAUUGAUGAAGGAUGGUUCUCUAAACCUAGGGACUGAAUAGUAAUCUAAGUGGCCGUUUUCAAUCUGUCAUUGAAAAUAGUGUAGUGUUUCUUCUACAUUCCGGACUUGCCUUUGUGAUGAUCAUUCGGAUCCGUUGACAGAUGGGGGCUUUUCUACUUGGUCACACGGGAGUCGCACUAAGCAACUUCGUUACUUGUGUAAAACCGGUGCCUUGGAGCCAGCCAUUGGUAUGACAUGUAUGCCUCCACACAUUUUAACCACUCCCAUGAUGUCAAAUCAGACUGUUUAAAACCAGUCAGAGUAUGAAAAAAUUCCAAUGUCUUGUAGUUUUGCAUUUGGGCAAACACCCUCCUGGCUAGGACGUAGUUGUUUCCUCCAAGGCACCCGAAAGCUGCUUAUGUUGGGGAGUACUUUGACAAAAUUUGGUGUCGAUUUGUAUCACGAGCCUGUAAGAUACAUCUUUGUAACCAGGACCAACCCUGCUUGCCAAUUGUCAAUAUAUGGCGUGUCAUGUGGUGUUGGAUUUUCACGAUUGAUCUUUCAGAGCUACUAGCAAAGGUAGAGCCGGUCCACUUGUAUCUAUCUUCUCUCUACCUACUUCCUACUGUGUUUUUCUAUUUCACCUCUUUCCUUUUCUUUCUGUUUUUCCCCCUUUUUCCUUUUUUCUUUUGAGGUUCAAAACUCUUGCAGCUCUAUUUCAUCGGAGGCAUUCAAUAGAUCAUUUUUGUAAUCCUCAUUAUGCAGAUGUUUAGCAGCAUUUAUGA